CCAGCCCAGCCAUGAUGGUGACUCCCCGACUCUUAGGUGUCUUGCUCCUGUUCCUGCUCCUGGCCUCAGCCCACCACUCACACUGUGCAACCCCAGGUCAGAGGCCCAUUGAAAAGCCAAGAAACGUCUGCUUGGGGAUCCUGGGUGCAGGCCAGUACGACCCCUUCUCCUUGGAGGAGACCGCCCAGUGCUUUGCAAAGUGUCAACGGAGGCACCAGGAGUCGUGCAACGAGGGGAGCCUGCAGAGCUACUGGCUCAACUAUGAGAAGUACCUGGUGCAGAAUUUGAAGCACAGGGUGGACUUGCCUUUCGUCAAAGCUGUGGUCCAGACCUUCAGCACCAACACCACAGAGGACCUGAACUUCUCUCUAAAGCUCUCUGAGGUUCCAAGGCGGGUGAUGAAGGGCGAGAACAAGCCCCCUGAUGGAGUCCGAUUUCCCAAGAGCUUUUUCAGAGACCUGCCAGGCAACAGGUCCGUCGUCCAGCUGGUCUUGAUGGUUCUGAACGUAGGCCUGGGGACUCUCUUCAAGGGUCCCCGGCUCAGCCUGGAGGAUGGCAGCCGCGUGUUGAACAACCGCCUGGUGAGCUUGAGUGUGAACAAAACACCUGUCACCAGGCUGGCCGAACCCGUGGAGAUCACUUUCUCCCACCAGCGCCAGCCCCCUAACAUGACCUUCACCUGUGUGUUCUGGGACACGGACAAAGGAGAUUGGGAUUCCAAGGGCUGCUCCACAGAGUGCCAAGCCGAGAAGACUGUCUGCCGCUGCGACCACCUGACAUUUUUUGCCUUGCUGCUGAGGCCCAUCUUGGACCAGACCACCGCACACAUCCUCACACGCAUCUCCCAGGCGGCCUGCGCUGUAUCCACCAUCUUCCUGGCCUUUACCAUUGUCCUCUACACUGCCUUGAGGCUCUCCCGGCAGAGGUUCAAGUCAGAAGAUCCCCCCAAGAUCCACGUGUCCCUGAGCAGUAGCCUCCUUCUGCUGAAUCUGGCCUUCUUGAUCAAUGUGGGCAGUGGCUCUGGAGGCUCCAGUGCUACCUGCUGGGCCCGGGGUGCCAUGUUCCAUUACUUCCUGCUUACUACCUUCACCUGGAUGUGCCUGGAAGCCUUCCAUCUCUACCUGCUUGCUAUUCAGGUCUUCAACACCUACUUUAGGCACUAUUUCCUGAAGCUGAGCUUGGUGGGCUGGGGCCUGCCUGCCCUCGUGGUCAUUGGCACAGGGAGUGCCAACAGCUAUGGCCUCUACAACAUCCGUGACCAGGACAACCGCACCUCGCUAGAGCUGUGCUGGUUCCAUGAAGAAACUGCCCUCCAUGUCACUGUCCAUGGUUACUUCCUGGUCACCUUCCUAUUUGGCGCUGUGGUCCUGGCCUUGGUGGCAUGGAAGAUCUGUACUCUUUCAAGUGCCACGGCAGGCAAGCAGGAGGGGCAGAGCUGGAAGGCGGUCUUCACGGUGCUGGGGCUCUCAAGCCUUGUGGGCAUGACGUGGGGGCUAGCCAUCCUCACACCCCUGGGUCUCUCCACCAUCUAUGUCUUCGCACUUCUCAACUCACUGCAAGGUGUCUUCAUCUUUUGCUGGUUUUUCAUGCUCUACCUGCCACGUCAGAGCGCCAACUCCUCCUCCUCUGGCACUGCCCGGGUGGACCAGGCCCAGUUCUCAUCACCUGAAUAGGAGCCCUUGGCCUUGCUUUGGAGAUGUGACUGGCUGUUUGGGUCAUCUCGGGUGGCUCCCCACCUUCCUCCAGGCUGCAGUCUCUUCCUUGGUGCCAUGCAGCUUCAGAGGGAGGGGCCAGGAGACAGCUGGCAUGUGGUGGCCUGUUGAGUCCCAUUCAGACAUGUCCAUGGGCCCACAAGGCCAAGGACCCAGACUGCAGGAGGCCAAGUUCCCGUCAUCCUGAGACCCCCACCAGCACAGAGUACCACUGCCUGUGUCACCAGGAAGCUUCUUUUGGCCAAUGCCCACCAGCUGAGCACAGUAGGGGUCUGAACCAAAGAGGGGAGCAUGUAGUUGGCUCAGUCCCUAAGGAGCCUUGGCUCUUCCUACGCAUUUCCCAAUGUCCCCUGCAGCCAUACCCAAGGACAGACUGUACCCAAUGGAC